CAUCCACCGCACGCCGCACCGGUGCAGCUCCGUUUUGGCGCCAUCUCCGGCGUGGUGCUAACCUAGGCUACUAUAGGACAGGAGCACUCGACCCGCCAUUAAUUAUUCUCGCGUUCUUCCACGCCAGAAGAGAGUAGUGAUAGGCCGGAUCGAUCGAUCGUUGUCGUCGUCGGUAUGGCGAAGGGCUUCCUCGGCGCCGCGGGCACGGCGGCGCUGGCCGUCGCCGCGUGGCUCGCGGCGCACGUCGCGAUCCACUGCCCCAUCCAGCCGGAAGGCCCGUGGCCGCCGCGUCCCAGCGCCGUCGACCGCUUCCCUCCCAACAACCUCCUCCAGAAUCUGGAGAAGCUGGGGGAAGGGCGGCUGAGCGGGCCGGAGGACGUGUACGUGGACGCCGCCGGCGAGGUCUACACGGCGACGAGGGACGGCUGGGUGCAGAGGAUGCGCGCCAACGGGUCGUGGGAGCGGUGGGGGUUCGUCGGCGGCCCGAGGCUGCUCGGCAUCGCGCCGUCUGCCGACGGCGCCAUGCUCGUCUGUGAUACAGACAAGGGAUUGUUGAAAUUAGAGGAGAAUGGACGUGUGACGCUUCUUGCCUCAGUUGUCGAAGACUCCACAAUCAGAUUGGCGAACACCGCGAUCGAGGCCUCUGACGGCACGGUCUACUUCAGUGAUGUCAGCACCAGGUUUAGCUUCGACAACUGGUUCCUCGACUUCCUCGAGCAUCGCUUCACCGGCCGCCUCCUCAAGUACGACCCGCGCGCCGGCAAGGCGUCCGUCGUGCUCAACGGACUCGGCUUCGCCAAUGGCGUCGCCCUGUCGCCCGACGAGGCCUUCGUCGUCGUCUGCGAGACGAUGCGGUUCAGAUGCUCGAAAGUGUGUCUGAAAGGGGACAAUGCUGGGCAGGCAGAGAUCUUCGUGGACAACCUGCCGGGCAAUCCAGACAACAUUCGGCUCGGAUCAGACGGCCACUUCUGGAUUGCCCUUCUCCAGCUGAGGUUUUCUCCAUGGUUGGACCUUGUCGCCCACUGGAGCUUGACCAGGAGGGUUAUCGCUUCGUUCCCUGCGCUCACGGAGAGGGCCAAGGCGAUGGUGAAGGGAGCAAUGGUGGCUCAGGUGUCGGUGAACGGCGAGAUCAUGAGGGUGCUUGGUGACUCUGACGGGAAGGUGAGCAGCCUGGUCACUUCGGUGACAGAGUUCAACGGAGAUCUCUUCCUCGGCAGCCUCACGGCCAACUUCAUAGGAAAAUUAUCUUUGGAUAAGGUUCCACAACAGCAGGGGGAUGCAAUUCCUUAGUAAACAUUGACCAAGUGUCAACGUGUCGCUCGUUUAUAAUAUAUGCAGGUUUAGUUUAUUUCAUAAAUAGAACAAUAUACUCCUUCUGUCCUUCAUUUGAUGUUAUGAUAUGUUUUGUUUUUCUAUAGAUUCAUGUGCGAACAAAUAUAUAUAUAAGAGAUUUGCUCCGGUCCAAU